UACAGUAUUAACUCCGUUCUGGUUCGUCAACUUGUAUAAUACAGCUUCUCAGUUCAGAAUCAGAUUCAUGAUUUACAGAACUAUAUUCCUAGUCAGCUUCUUCUUCUUCUUCAAGGGUCGCAGGGGAGAUCUUUUUCUAGGUAGAUUGGGAGAGAAGAAGAAUUUUACUGAUAUCGCGUAUGAUCUGGAUGUCAGCUAUCUCGACGAUGUAGAACUAUCGGAAACAGGAUUUCUGGGAAAAUUGCUUGAUACUGAAAUACCUGAAGAGGUGCAGGGAAAUUCCAAUACCACUGCUACUUCUGGAUCCAGGACCACCACUGCAACCGAUACAAAUGCUGCAUCAAAUACCACUGUUGCAUCAAGAACCACAACUGUGUCAAGAACCACUGCUGCAUCAAGAACCACUGCUCCAUCAAGUACCACCUUUGCCCCUAGCAUAACAACUCUAAAGCCUAGGAUUGAAACCCCUACCAAGUAUGGAAUAGUCAAACAAAAGCUAGUGAGACAAGUCAAGAAUAAGAACAGUUCUCUUGACUACCCGGAGAAAAUACUCUGGGGUAUCUUGUACAACCAUGAUAACCCGGAGAUUGCUCCAACCCUGAUCAGCGGUGUGCUCGGUGUCAUUAAUGAUACUGAAAGAGUGUCCAAAGCUGAAACCUCUUUAUCUGAACUUACUGAAUCUGAAGAGGAGUUGGGUGAACCUAUUGAGGAUCUAACAGAUGAAGAUUUUCAUGCUCCUGUGGAAAGAUCACUGGGAAGAGUUGUUACAGCAAGAUCUAAAGCUACAACCCAACCAUCUUGGAUCUCCCAUGCGUCUUCUGCCAAUUGGGAGACACACUCCCAAUAUUCAACGAUCAAACUUAACUCAGUGCCAUCAGGUGAGCGAUCUCUUCCAAGUGAAACUAAAUACAUCUCGAAGGAUUCUGGAUCCAACAAUGCUGAUGAAGGUGUAAAUUUCUAUGUAAGAGGUGUCACUAAAUCAGUUCCAAAAGGGAAUAAAUCUCCACCCAAAGCAUCUACCAAAGCAAAUAAAUACUACAUUAAAACGCCUGAAUCAGCUGCCGGAAAUAUUUCCAAGUCUCAUGCAUCCAACAAAACUUCAAAAGUAUAUAAAUCCAAGUCUCACAUCUCAAGCAAAACUAUCAACGGAACAAAAUAUAAUUCCAGAAACAAAACUAAUUCUCGUCAUGAAUCCAAAUCGCAUUCGUCCAACAGAACCUCCUCUGGCCGAAAAACUAAAUCUCGUGCCGUCACCCAAGCUUCUAAUGCAGAACAAAAACCCGCGUCUAGAGUAUUUAAAUAUUUCCCUGUGACAGACACAACCAAACCACAAAAUGUCACCGACAAACCUGAAUUACGACCUAAAGCUAAAGUUGGUCUUGAAAGAUCGUUAAAAAAUAAAAUAAAAUCCAAAUCUUCCAAGGAAAAGAGGAUUAGAAAGCAGCUGAAGCAAGAAAUCUCUUCAAUCAGAGGAGUUCCUCCACCCCAGAAGACAGCCCGUGAACCGUCUGGAGUAGUUGUAGCAGAAGUUUAAUUAUUAAAUGUCGUCUUUUUAAACUAAAAGAAUAAUAAAGAUUUAUCUCAAGAA